AUGAGUACAUGGGCAGCACUCAGCCAUGGUGGGCCACAGCCACCACAAGAAAACAUCGAUAAAUGGGAGAAAGCUGCCAAUGAAAAUGAUUCCUCCAUCCUCACUAACGAAGAUUGUCUGGAAAUGCUUCGCCGAUGGCCUCUUGACCAAGCAAAUUAUUACUGCAACUUUUACGUUGGGUGUACCAUCGAUGAGCUUGUUCAAAAGGCCGCCAAAACGGAUGGCCCGGACAACCUCACUGAGGCCGAAGCGAUUAUUAUUCUCAACACUCCCUUCGGCGGUUGUGUCCCAGAGGAUCAGAAAUAUAUGGGAAAUUAUGAUCGGUGGUCUGAUAACACAAAGACGAAGUUCGAGAAUGCUCUUAACUUGAUUCUCGCAGAGAUGGACACAGAGAAGAGAGCACGAGCGAAUGCCGAUAUUGCUUUUGAGCGGGUCAAAGAUACCAGAAGGCCCGAACUCAAGAAUUUCUCCAGGGAUGAACUCCUAAACAUCGUGAAUUGUAAUAAGAUAGCAUGGGUUAAGGCCCUCCAAAAACACCUGGAAGAGCAGCCGGCCUGGGGAUUUGUGUGCAUACGGACCUCCUUCGGCGAAGACUCGUCGUGGGAGAAAUUCAAGGAAUUCUUUGUCCAUGCUACGCAGUCCGCACUGGCAUUCCCUCGGAAUUCCCCUAGCAUUCGGCCACGAUGGAGGAUACAGUGGGUAGAGGAUCGAUCUAUGGAGAAUGCCUCGGCGAUUGAUCUUUGCAGCUACUUCCGACGUUUUUGCAAAGAAAACAAAGUUGAACCAGGACUCCGCCAUGACGCAUUUCUCUACGCCAAUGGAGAAGCCAUCGAGUCAGUCAUGCAUUCUCCUGUCUUGCCAUCGCCAGCAUUCGUCAUCGCUUCAGAGGCAGCCUAUGAUGGAAAAGGUCCAGAACCUCCAAUAGAGCUAGCGGACUAUGCUGGAUCGGUGCGAGUUGCCAUACCGCAUGUUUACACGACCUUCUGGGCGAGAUUGCUCUCGACCGAGGAAGACAUUCAGCAGAAAUCAUCACCCAUGCAACGUACCUGGGGGGAGAUUUUUUCGAAAGCACAAAUUACCCGUGAAAAGACAUAUCCAAUAAAAUAUUUUUUCAUGGAGGUCUAG